AUGAGUAACAGCACCAGCACCACCGACGAGCGACCCAAGUGGGACAACAAAGUUCAGUACCUUCUCACUUGCAUCGGAUUUGCUGUGGGUCUGGGCAAUGUGUGGCGCUUCCCCUACCUGUGCCAGAUCUAUGGAGGAGGGGCCUUCCUGAUCCCCUACCUGAUCGCACUGGUGUUCGAGGGACUCCCCCUGUUGUACCUCGAGCUGGCCAUUGGGCAAAAGCUGAGGUCAGGAAGCAUCGGAGUGUGGAAUUCAAUAUCACCCUACUUGGGCGGAGUUGGUGUUGCAUCAAUGGUUGUGUCCUUCCUAGUUGGCCUCUUCUAUAACACCAUCCUGGCCUGGGUCCUUUGGUAUUUCUUCAAUUCUUUUCAGGAGCCCCUACCUUGGAAGUACUGCCCUCUCAAAUCGGACCUAACAGGCUACGUGGAGGAAUGCGUGGAAAGCACGCCCGUUAACUACUUCUGGUACCGCGAGACACUAAAUAUAACAGCCAACAUCGAAAUCAACGGCUCGUUGCAGUGGCAGAUGGUGGUGUGCCUGGCGAGUGCCUGGUGCGUGGUGUACCUCUGCUUCAUACGCGGCAUCGAGACCAUCGGAAAGGCGGUGUACGUCACGGCCACGUUCCCAUACCUGGUCCUCACCAUCUUCCUGGUCCAAGCCCUCACCCUCCCGGGCGCUACCGUUGGGCUCCGUUACCUCUUCACUCCCGAAUGGGAGACACUAAAGAACCCUAAAGUGUGGCUAGAUGCAGCCACGCAGAUUUUCUUUUCACUGUCCUUAGCUUUCGGGGGACUCAUCGCUUUCUCCAGUUACAAUCCUCCCAAGAACAACUGUGAGCGCGACGCGCUGCUCGUGGGGUGCAUCAACAGCGCCACAUCCCUCUACGCCUCAAUCCCCAUCUUCUCCAUUCUAGGAUUUAAGGCGUAUUCAAACUUCAGUUCCUGCCAGCAGAGAAAUAUCCUGACUCUGACUAAUGAAUUUGACAUUGGAGACACAAAUAUAACCCUUGAAAACUAUGAGAAGUGGUUGGAAUACCUGAACUCAACAAAUCCUGAUCGAGUUUUAAGCCUGAACCUGAAACACUGUGAUAUUCAGACCUUCCUUGACCAGAGUGCUUCUGGAACUGGCCUGGCUUUCAUUGUCUUCACGGAGGCAGUGAUUGAGAUGCCGGCCUCACAGGUGUGGGCCGUGCUCUUCUUCAUCAUGCUCUUCAGCCUUGGACUUUCCUCCAUGUUUGGGAACCUGGAAGGGGUCCUCGCACCCCUGCAGGACCUCCACAUGAUGCCCAAGUGGAUGCCCAAGGGAAUUCUCACAGGUUUCAUAUGUCUGGUCUCUUUUGCAAUCGGCCUGAUUUUCACAAUGGGCUCUGGUAACUACUGGCUGGAGAUCUUUAACAGCUACGUGGGCUCCUUGCCUCUGCUGGUCAUAGCUUUCUUUGAGAUCAUCGCUGUGGUUUAUGUCUACGGUAUGAAGAGGUUCAGAGAGGACAUUGAAGAGAUGACCGGCAAGAAACCCAACCUUUUUUGGCAGACAUGUUGGAUGGUGAUCAGCCCACUCAUGCUGCUGGUCGUGUUUGUGGCUUACGUGGUGGUUGAGGCUUCCAGAGUGCCGGAGUACCCAGCGUGGAACCCAGACUACGUGAACUUCCCACUGACUGAAGACCAGCCGUACCCCGAGUGGGUUUUUGCCAUUUGCGUGCUGCUGUCCGCCCUGCCAUGCGUCUUCAUUCCCAUCGUUACUGUCUACAGGUUUUUCAUGCGUCGUUGCAGGGCUAACAGCGCGCCGUAUAUAAAUCCGUACGAGAACGGCGACCAGAGAGACACAGUUCUCGUUUCAUGUAUUCAUCAAAUCAACACUCAACAGAAACUGUAG